AGCUUCCAAUUUAGCAUAACAAACACGCAGCCCCCCCCAAUCCACAUUUUCUUUGCAUCCAAACACUGCAAAAGAAAACAAAAUUUAGCACUCGAUAUAUUCGUCUCGACGUUUUUCCUGUUUUCUUCUAUUGAGGAUUCACAUCCUUCUUUCUUUUCUUUUUCUUUUUUUUGAAGAAAUAGUAGCGCCUGUUUCAUUUUCCUUCAGUUUCCCUCCUGAAUUCCUGAGAAACAAACAAACCAUUUUCCCAAUCACAACUCUCCAGUUGUAAUAUAUAUACGGUUAAAUAUUCUCCCCUCCAAUCAAUCGGCGGUUUGAUAACAGCUCCUUGAGUUUAUCCGUUUGCCUCGAUUUUAGCAAAAACAGGGGAAGACAAGGAUUUCCGUUGGAAUCUUGUAAUUUUGCUCGGAUUUUACGUUCGGGGUUUUUUAGAUAUUUCAUUCCUUUGAUCAUGAUGAGAAGACAGCAGCAGCAGCAGCAGCAGCAGAAUCGGCAGCAAGAUCAGCAAUCAAAGGUGUUGUACGAACUAUCUGCUCUGGUUCUCAGCCUGUUGCGAUCUCCGCCGAUUCCGUUAACCGAUCAGUCACCGCUGGAGUCGAGGAGGCCGCCGAGUUCGACGUCAACGACGAAUCCGAUCACUCCAGCGGGGUUUGCCUUUCUGAUGCUUGGAAUUUCUGUGGCUCUGAUGCUUUGUGGAUCAGUGACCUUUUUCAUUGGGUUCAUGUUGAUGCCUUGGGUUAUUGGUUUGGUGAUGGUUUUUUAUGUUGUCGGGAUUGUUUCUACGGUUUCCAUGUUAGGUCGCUCCAUUCUUUACUCCGUCAAGGCACCUCCAUCGCCAAGGAAGGAGAUUCCUGCAUGGAAACUUCUAUAAUAGACAAGGUGGGUGGUUCAGACAUAGUUGUAUUUAGCAAAUUGAGCAGCACUUGAUGCUUUUGUGAGACAUGCUGGCCACGAGCUACACGGGGGAAAGGCAACAUCUAGGAUAUGUGGAGUAUUUAUGCAACGAAUGUGGAUAACUGUUUACGGAAACAUUGUGGAUAUAUGGCUUUUUUGUUUAGUUGUAGUCAUUUGUCAAAGGAUUCAACUUUCAAGUUCUAAUCUGUAAUACGAUCUCUUCCACCUGCAAGAAGAGAUUGAGAGCAAUGUUUCCAUUCCUCACUUAUAUUCAACUUCUAUUGGACAAGUUUCUUGUCUCGAUUUAAUUCGAAUAUCUCUUGCAUGAUGAAGCAGCACAAUGAUUCAUUUUUGCCUUUAUCAAAGCAUGCAUGGUUGUCUUUCAAUGGCAGGUUCCUCCACUGAUAAGGUUGGCUGUCCUGGCAGAGAGGUGGUGAAUCUGGGGCAGAGGAUGAAGCCAUUCCAGGUAAUUAUUAAGUAUAAUCGGUGUGAAAUCUGCUAUUUUUCUUCUCUUUCUUGUUCUUUUUAUCACAUCUUAUUUAUUGUAAACAAGUUCCAAAGUUGUGGAUAAAUGAUGUGGUGACGCGUUCAUGUAUCCAUCUUCUGAAUUGCAUUGCUUUUCCACUUUUCCUUUCCAAAAGUUGAGUGUCUUUGUUUGUAAACGUAGGUGGCAGGUCAGUGUUUAUCCGAAAUAGCAGCGUGAAGAGACAUGGGUGAGACAGAGGGUCCUACUACGUGGACAGAACUGAAUUGGGGAGGGAAAACAAAUUGAUUAUCUUGUCUGUAUUAUUAUAUCCUUAUUUGUGUUUGUGUGUGGUCUGAAUUUGGGUGCGGAUUUCCAAAGGGUUUCAGGUUCUUGUGAGAGAGAGAAGUUCUAUUCACUUUUCUACUCCAUGUUCAUGGGGAUUUUUAUUUCUACCAGAAAGUGACAUAAAUUUAAAUUGGAACUAAGAGUCAGUAAUUUGAACU